AUGCCUCCACGAUUGAACGUAAAAUGCUUCACGCGGUCGAUGCCGCUGAGGCCCCAGCCCCGCCUGCAAUGGUCCGUCCGCCCUGCUACACGAUUUUCGGUGUCGCAAUAUCGCUCAUAUUCCGACUCGAAAACAUCUGGAGCGAACGACCGAUCAGCAAAGGUCGAUGCGAAGCCAGAAGACCAUGUUUCACAAGAGGCAGCGAAGACAGCGGAGAUCAUGGGCGAACAGGGCCCAGAUCUGAGUCGCGGCACACCAGUCGAGGAUAUUGUGAAAAAUGACAAAGACGCGCAAGAAAAGCUCCCAAAAGUCAUGAAGGACAAGCUGAAGGCCAAUGCCAACGCUGCCCCCAAAGGAUCGCGAUCAUACUCGACUAUGACGACACAAACCAGCAGCCAGGGCCUUGACAUGGGUCUUGUGGAUGUCCAGUCCGCCGCAAAGCUACCGCAAAUACCUGGCCUCAAGUUCGAGAUGCCUACAUUGCCUCUGCCAAAGGAUGGUCACGUCAAGCGCCGGUAUGAUCCUGUGGUCGAGCAGGUCACGAAUCUGCUCAUGCGUCAUGGUGAGAAGAGUGUAGCCCAGUCGAACAUGGCACGUAUCCUUCAACAUCUACGAACAUCGCCAAUUCCAACCAUUAACCCCGCAAAGCCCCUCCUUCCUGGUGCCCCCCCGCCAUCGCACUUGCCCCUCAAUCCGAUCCUAUACCUUACACUUGCGAUCGAUUCAGUUGCGCCUCUGAUGCGCAUUCGAAGUCAAAGGGGUGCUGCCGGUGGUGGUGUUGCUCUACAAAUUCCCGUACCCAUGCAUCUAAGACAGCGCAGGCGAACGGCUAUCGAAUGGAUCAUGUCCAACGCAUCGAAGAGAAGGAAUGUGGGCAGUGGAAAGGGCAGCUUCGCGCAGCGCAUUGCACAGGAGCUGAUCGCUGUAGUCGAAGGGCGGAGUACUGUCUGGGACAGGCGCAACGCUCUCCACAAGUUGGGCGUGGCUGCUCGUGCCAACAUUGUCCUGCCUAAGAAGAGAUAGAUCUUGACCUCACACAGCUUUUUUUUUAAUUGUACAUUAAAUGGGUGGAAAAGCGGGUGGCUUCUGGAAAAGGUGUUAACAAGUCACGUGUAAUCUGCAAGCAUCUAUUUCUCUGUUGAAUGGCAA